AUGGACUCAGAGGCGGAGGAGCGGCUAUCGGAGAUACUAGCAUCCGCUGGAGCAAGAACCGGAGACACCGCCGUCUGGCGGGAAUUGCUUUCUCCGACGCCAUCUGUCCGGCGAAUGCUAUUCACCGGAAUCGGAAUCCAAUGUUUCCAACAGAUCACCGGAAUUGACGCGACGAUGUACUACAGCCCUGAGAUCCUACAAACCGCCGGACUUCAAGACAAGUCAAGACUUUUAGCCGCCACCGUAGCCGUCGGAAUCUCGAAAACCGCCUUUAUCAUGGUGGCAAUCUUAGUCAUUGAUAAAGUCGGAAGAAAGCCGUUACUAUAUGUGAGCACCAUUGGAAGGACUUGUUGUUUGUGCGGUUUAUCGAUCGUUCUUUCAUUUUUUAGUGGAACAUAUAUGGGAGUGGAAUUGGUGAUUCUAUUGGUUUGCGGGAACGUGGCGUUCUUUUGGGUCGGAAUCGGACCAAUUUGCGGAGUUUUGACAUCAGAGAUAUUUCCAUUGCGGUUAAGGGCACAAGCAUUCUCGUUAGGGGCAGUAGGGAAUAGGGUUUGUAGUGGUAUUGUUGCAAUGUCGUUUUUAUGUGUUUCUCAUGCCAUUUCGAUGUCGGGGACAUUUUUUAUUUUCACCAUGGUAUCUGGUUUAUCGGUUAUUUUCGUUUACAAAUUUGUUCCUGAGACGAAAGGAAAAUCAUUGGAACAAAUCGAGUCGUUGUUCGGUAACGAACACGAUUCACUAGAAAACGAAGUAGAGCUAUCAGAUACUCAACGUUGGUGCCAAAUCAAGAAAAAUCGCCAUUUAUUAUAUGAAAGUUUGUAA